AUGGCACGUUUUCCAGUUCUCGGGCGGCUAUACUACCGUGAAUACGUCGCAGUCAUCUUCGGUUUUAUCUUAAUAACAUUCGAAACGCUAUUGCGUUCAAUAAUCUUCUUCCUACCAUCGCCGGUCAUCCGCUGGUUCCAUGACCAGACGCGUCGGCUCUUCAAAGCGAUCGUUCAUGUCGGUUCUAAGCCACCUGUCGUGUCUGGUGAAGAAGCUCAUCGUGCUCAUCUAAUCCGUGUCGCUGUUGAGUUUGGAGACUUGUGCUCCGUAUAUGGAUAUGAUUGGGAGGAGCACAUCGUACAGACGAAGGAUGGCUAUCUGCUUUCGAUCCAUCGCAUUCCUCGAGCCCGCAGUGAGCGGACUGAUUGUGAAGCCAGGAGGAGAAAACCAGUUGUCUAUCUCCACCAUGGACUUCUUAUGUGUUCUGAAAUCUUCAUGUGCUUGACGAGCGCAGAGCGUUCCCUACCGCUUGUACUUGCGGAGGCAGGUUAUGAUGUCUGGUUAGGCAAUAAUCGCGGGAACAAAUACUCACGCAAGCACACAUCCCUCAAUCCACAUAGUCAAGCGUUCUGGAACUUCGGUAUCGAUGAAUAUGCUAUGCAUGACAUCCCGGAUAGCAUUGCGUACAUUCUAGAGGCGACGGGCGAGAAAAGCCUAAGUUAUGUCGGUUUCAGUCAGGGAACGGCGCAGGCAUUUGCUGCUCUUAGCAUUAACCCGUCGUUGAAUAAGAAGGUCGACGUUUUUGUCGCUUUGGCCCCUGCCAUGAGUCCACCAGGCUUAUCUGCGCCGCUCGUUGAUGGUCUUAUGAAAGCCUCUCCUGCUCUUAUGUACUUGUUCUUCGGCCGGCGUUCAAUCCUCCAUUCUACAACAACUUGGCAAUCUAUCCUUUAUCCGCCCAUUUUCACUUCCAUAAUCUCACGUUCACUGACCUUCCUCUUCGCUUGGACCUCUGAUCAAAUCACUCCAAUCCAAAAAAUCGCAGCGUAUGCACAUCUGUACUCCGGUACGUCGACCAAAGCCGUAGUACAUUGGUUCCAGAUUAUGCGGAAUGCGGAAUUCACAAUGUACGACGACGAUGUGAAGAGCGGGCUUAGUCCUUUACGUGCAGGCGAGCGUGGGAAGGCGAGAUUUUAUUAUCGACCUGCAAGGUUCCCGACGAAGAACAUCAAGACACCGACCGUGUUACUUUACGGAACGAGUGAUUCGUUAGUGGAUAUUGACGUGAUGAGACGUCAACUACCCGAACACGCUGUGUCGAUCCCGCUGGAUGGGUAUGAGCACUUGGAUAUACUCUGGGGAAAGAACGUACAUGAGGAUGUGAUUCCUGAGGUGAUGGUAGCGCUUAGGUCGAAUGCACGCAUCCCUGAGCCGCCGAUGAAGGUGAGGUCGCAAUCGCAGAAGAUGUGGGAUAAUGAGAAUGGAGAUGGACUCGUGGUUGAUAAUGGUGAGGUCUCAGACACUUAG